GUGUGCGCGGCUUGCAAUGCAAACAGCUCGCGGCGAGGCACCGGCAGCAUCGCAGGCGCAUGACGUGUUCGCGAUGCGCGGCGGUGGAAGCUCGGCGUCUGCGCCCGGCGGCGCUAGGCGCCGCGGCGGUGAUAUCAGCGGCGGCGGCGGCGGCGCGCCAAAUCAUAACCCUUCGCGUAAUAGUGCUGGUUUAAAAUGUUGUGAAGUGUGCGGCUACAAAAAUCACGCGAAAGAGCAAUGUCGUUUCUCUGAUUAUACAUGUAAGAAGUGUAAUAGGGUAGGGCAUCUACAACGCGUAUGUAAAACGAGUGUAAAAACCAAUAAUUAUUUCUUAGCUGCGGAUGACGGCGGCGACACCAUUGAAGACCUUACAGUUUAAGUACUACGGAGGCCAUCGGAAAACAAUGUUUUGCGAAGGUGACAAAGUUUUGAUCAAACAAUUUUACAAUAAUGGAAAUAAACAUACCUGGAAAUAUGGACGUAUAAAAAGAAAAUUAGGAGAUAGAAUGUACCUAGUGAGAGUACCAGAUUUAAACAUGGACAUAAAGAAACAUAUAGAUCAAUUAUUACCAUAUAAAGGGGCGGAUGCAUCUAGUGACUCAGACGAAAUAAGCUGCUGCGGUGAGUUAACCGAAAUCGAUGACACGGCGGAGGAAGACAUUACUCCCCAAAUUGAAGAGCAUGGCAUACGUGGCAGUCCCACAGAACACUGCGAGGAUCAACUGUACCCGAGCGAGUCGGGGGAGAAUGACUCAUUCCAGUCAAUGCCGGACAUAGACCCACCAUCACCGGAAGCUUUAGCUGACACAACCAGUGCGCCACAAAUAGCGGAACCUGAUACGAAUCUGAGGGUGGAGAGAGAUGUUGAUGGCGAACACCAGGCAGCAAGGCUCCCUGCAGAUGAGCCACUCCAACCAGAAGGAACUGUCACUGAUGCAAAUACAGCCCACACAUACACCAAUCGUCCAGUACGCUCUACUAGGAACAAAAACGUUAGAUAUAAGUUAUGAUUCUCUUGUAUUAGCUGUAGUUUUGUUAUGUUUAGACUAAGGGUGGAGGGAAUUGUGGUAUCUGAGGGUAGACCGCAAUUGAUUUGCUAAAAAGUGUCCUUUUGUACCGUCAGUCUGUUACCGAAGAGUAAACCAUUACGUUGCAAUUUGUGUUUUCUUUUAGUUACGUGUCCUUAAACA